CCAUUUUGUAUUUUCUUCCCUUUAAUUGCAUAAAUAUCAAAUGACUCAUUCUCUAGCUUUAACUUCUACAGCCCUAAUUCGAUACGGUAUUGGUCCAAAAAUUGGGGCUUUACCUAGGGCAAAUAAGCCAUCGAGAUCAUCUUCAAGAUUAUUCAGAAUUCAAGCUGUGCAAGAUAAUGGAGAAGGGCCUCGGAGGCUGAUUGAUAUUAUUCGGAUAGUUCCAGAGAUUUCGAGAAAUUAUUUCAAAACUCCUUCACGGAGGGCACUUUUUGGAGGUAUAUCAUUACUGGGUGGAUUUUAUGUGGCGCAGACAAUUUCUCUAUCUUUUGGAGCUUUAGGAGUAAAUGAUGUGAUUGCUGCCGUUGUGUGUGUCUUAAUUACUGAGUAUGUGACACGAUUCUACUACACUCGGCCUAAGGUGACUUUUCCGAUUGCUCUUUUGAACAACUUCAAGAUGGGUUUUACCUAUGGUCUGUUCAUCGAUGCCUUCAAACUUGCCAGCUGAAUUAAUUGCCACAGUUUUGUAGCAGCAAUGUUGGAUUUUUAGCAGAAGUCAUUGGAUUUGAGUUGCCAAGUGUUAUUGAUUGAGCGGGUGAUCUAAGUUGUUGGAAAAGGACUUUUCAGUCUUUUAGUUUUUUGUUAUUCACCAAUUAGAAUCCACGUUCAACAUUUGGGGUUUAAGUCUCAACCCCAAUUGUGACCUGUGAGAGUGAAAAAUAUGGAUUGCAUUUGUGCUUUCAAUCUAACAGUCGAGCUGUAAAUUGUGAAAACUCUGUUCGACUUGGUAACUAAAAGAGCCUAAGCUUGUAGUUCAACAUUUUACUGCUCUUCAUAGACUAUUGAAGCUGCUAUCUCAAUAAUAAUUCAUGAUCACCAGU